AUGACCUCCAUCGAGUUUCGCUCCGUCUGCAGCUUUUCUUCGCCGCUUUCCACACAACGGUCCAGGCGCUCUUCAGCUGGAGCCACAGCCAGCUGCUGUUUGGUCGUCGCCCAGAGAGGUUUGCUCUUUGCAGGGCUCAGUGAUGGAAAGAUCCUGGCUUGGGAAAUCGAUCGAAACUGUGCCGACCGGAGGGCCAAAGAGAGCAAAGCUCGAGUCCUCGAAGAGCACAAAGGGGAUGUGCGCUGCCUUCUCUACGUGGAGAGUCUCUGCCAGGGAGUGGUGAUCUCCGGCGCCGCAGAUCGGUGCAUCAAGAUGUGGGACCUCUCGGAUCCAAGGACGGGCAUUCAGUGUGUACAGAGCCUGUACGGUCACGGAGGAACCGUCAUCGCACUUGAGCAUGGUUCGGACCUUCUCCUGAGUUCCUCGACUGAUGGGCUGCUCUUCGUUUGGCGCGAUGCGAGUCCUGCGCGGCUGCUGCGCUUCCCGGCCUACGCAGUCCGGCAACGCCUGGAGCCGCACGGGAGUCGAGCGAAGGAAACUUGGUUCUUGUCACUUUCCAUGCGUGAAGGCGAGGCUCCGACGCUCUUUGCUGGCGAUUCAGAAGGAUAUGUCCACAUCUUCAAGCUGGAUCUGACACAGGACAAAGCCAGCGAGCAACUUUUCUUGGCAGUUUGGAAGGCAAAGGUCCACGAGCUUGGAGUUUCGAAGAUCAUGGCUGUGCCGAUGGAAUCCUUUCUCUUCACUCUGUCCUAUGACCAGAAGUUGAAAGCCAUGGACAGCGUCUCUGGGCAAAUCCUUUUUGAAGAAUUGAACCAGUGCAACGUCAUUUUCCACAGCCUGGCUUGGGAUCCAACCAGUCAAGAUGUGAUAGUGUGCGACAGCAAGGGCAAUCUCGGCUUCUACAACCUCAUCCAGGAGUCCUGGGUUGCGUGGAAGAACGUGACCGAAGAUCCCAUCAUCGGUGUUCACCUUUUGCCCGCGAUCUCGCGCUUGGUUCUGCUGACACCCCACGCGGUUCAGGUGCUGGACAUCGUGCGAGGUGUAAAGUUCCAGGAGAUCAAGGAGCACACGGCACCCAUCGUGGCCAUCGCAUCUCGACCUACGAGCCAGGGUGGCGUUCUGUACACGGCAUCCAUGGACAAUACCAUCCGCAUGUGGGAUUCAGACACGCUGGAGUGCAUCAAGUGCCUCAAGGAACGGAAACAGGAGAUCACCGCCAUGGUUUAUGUUCCCCGAGCUAAUGUCGUGAUCACCGGCCACGAGAACUCUGACUUGAAGAUGUGGUCCUUGGAUAGCCAUCAGGAAGCAUGCUUGAAAACGGUCACCGGGCAACCGGUGCACGAGAACACCAUCAGUGCGUUGAUUCUCGUGAACGUUCAAGGAGAGUCUGCUCACGAAGAUCCGACUGGAACCGGCUUCGAACUGGUGGUGGCGGGUUCCUACGACCGGCAGCUUUCCUUCUGGCGGGUGACUCUGACCAGCGACGGCACGGCCAUGGCCAAGUUUGAGCGCGUCUUCCUCGCCCACGAGGACGCCACCGAUGAGAUCCUGGCUUUGGGACACAGCCCCUUUGGAUCCAUUUUCUCCGGCGGAAACGAGGGCGUUAUCAGGCAAUGGACCGUUUGGGGUGGCAAGGCAUCGGAGGCUGAUCUGAUCGGACACGAGGAUGCCGUGACAUCUUUCGCCACAGAUGGUCAUUUUUUGUAUUCAGGUUCUGCAGAUUGCAGCAUUCGAAUUUGGGAGUGUACCCAUGGGCGUCAGAUGAAGAUCGUUCGACUUCAUGAUGUCCCAGUCCAGGCACUCGCAGUAAUUCCUGACACUGGCAUCAUCGCUUCGUGCGGAGGUGAUGGCCGCGUGGCGUUCUGGGACCCGCAGCUUGGAAGUGUGGAGGCAAAGCUUCUUCGAACUUACGAGCAGCCAGAGGAAUUCAGAACUUUGAGCUACGUCAGCUUGAACAACUCUUUGCUUGUGGGCUGUGAGUCCGGGAAGAUUAUUGCUUUCCCGUUGCCAGAAGGGUUGCUCGACAAGGAGCAGGGUGAGCCUGAGGUGCUCAGUGGCAUCCAAACGCCACCGUCGACUCCCGGAUGUGAAUCGCCUUCCCAGUGUGCGGGUCUUCAGAUGCUGGAACUCGGCUCAGGAUUGGACAAAGGAGCCAACCCACAAGCAGCAUAA